AUGGUUGGUGUAUGGCCUGCAACUGUGACGGAUGUGACGACGACGUCGGCCAAGGGGCUUUUGUACGCACUUCCGAUCCAAGCGCUGAGCUUUGGGUGCCAGAUCAACUCGGUCCGCAUUUACGGCGAGCUCAAAGACAAGUUGUCUUCGUGCGUUUGGCGGAUG